AUGCAGCUUCCCGCAGCGUUUUGGACCCACCCGCCCGAACUUCUGCACUUUGAUCGGUGGGGCCGCCGAUGUCAGCACCGAACAUUCAGAAUUCCAUACACCAGCAGCACAGCAACAGUGACGAUGGCCUCAGCUACAGCAACCCCACCAAAACCCUCCGCGAGGCCAAACCAGCCGGCGCCUUCGCUGUGGUCUAUCCCAGCCCCUCUCCAAAAGCUCUUCAACCAGUUCCCCCUCGUAACCCUCGACCCGAACCCCCUCCCAGCGCGGUCUCAAACCCUUACCUCGGCGUCCGACACCCUCCCAACACUUUAUAUCUUCUCCUCCGACGAGGAUGCGCUGGAGGGGAAACCAUCAAUAAACCCAACAUGUCUUAAAUGGCAGACCCUCCUCCGCCUCUCCCACGUCCCCUUUCUAACCUCCCCCUCCUCAAACCACGCCUCUCCCACCGGCUCCCUCCCCUUCCUCCUCCCGCCCCGAACUGUCUCUCCCAACCCGAUCCCCUCAACCUCCAUCCCCCUUUACAUCUCCCGCCACACCAACUCCCCAAAGGAAAAAAAAACCUCCCCGCGUUCGGAAGCCUACCUCUCCCUCCUAACCCCCCUCCGCCUAGCCUUCCUCCAAACUCUCUACCUCACCCCUGCCUUCACCCCCCUCCUCAAAAAAUUCUACAUCGACCCAUCAACCCGCUCCUCAGUCCUAGGAACAAUCCUCCAAACCCAACUAUCAGCCGCAGCCUCCUCCGCAGUGUUGCAAGGUCUGGGUUUGCACAGCCAGACAGGAACAGGCGGCAUCGACUCUGAGAACCUCUACGCCGACGCAGCCGAGGCUUUGGACUCGCUCGCGAUCCUCCUGCAGGAAUCCCAAACGGGCUGGUUUUUUGGGGAGGAGAAACCGGGCGAGUUCGACGCUGGGUUGUAUGGUUAUGUGGGGGUUAUAAUGGCGCACAUGGACACGCCAGAGGGCAGGUUGGGAGGGCUGGUGAGGAGAGCUGGGGGUGGUGGAGGAGAGUUGGUUGGCUGGUGGGAAAGGAUUAGACGCGAGGCAUGGGGGGGUGAUGGUUUAUCAGAGGGGGGGGAGAAAUAA